AGCCAAUUGUAACUUUGACAAUGGAGAUACCUGCAGUUAUCAAAAUGGUGCUGGACAAUUUAAUUGGGCGGUUAAUAGAGGUCCAACAACCAGUAGUGGGACAGGACCAAGUUCUGACGUCAGCGGCAGAGGUAAACUGUUUAAUAAAAUUUAGGCUUUAGAAACAGUGAAGGAUAUGAUUAAGGUUACGACAGGUUUCUUUAGUAUUUGGUUUGGACAUUUACCACCUCAUUAAUAUGUAAAAGCGCGAAAUAGGCGUGUACUGAGAUCGAGGCCUAGGGACUAGGCUCAUUUACCGCGUACAUCGCAAUUAGGUCUGGGUAGGAUCUUAACAAUAACUUAUUCUAUUGUGAACACUAAAAAUAACGUCGUUAGAUUUUUAAACACGACUAGUAUGCAGAUUAGUGUCACCGAAAGAAGCAUGAAUUCUAGAUACCGUCGCCGCUCAGAUUCACGUUACAAGAUGACUACCUUGAAAAAAUGGGCAACAUGGCUGGAUAUUUAAUGUAGCGCGAUUUCAGUUGAUUCAAGUUCAACUUUGUGUAGUUACAGUUAAUUUUGUUUGGUCAAUGAAAGCAUUUUUACAGGUUUUUAUCUGUACAUCGAAACUUCAAGUCCACGACAGUUUGGUGAUAAAGCUACAAUUCUGACACCUUACUUGAACGGCCCACAAUGCAUGAAAUUUUAUUACCAUAUGUACGGUGGUGAUAUUGAAGUACUGAACAUCUAUGCGAAUAACCAAACGAUAUUCUCAAGAGCGGGAAAUCAAGGAAACCGAUGGGUGGGUGUGGAAACGCCGAUCUUACAGUUUGGAAGAUAUAUGGUGAGUAAAGAAAGCAGCAUUUCCAUAUACACAGACAAUGGCACAAUAUUUGAGGCUUUUUUGACCGAUUUCAUUUCAAAACGGGGGGGGGGAAGGAGGCCCUGAGGAAACCUCGGUUCGAACCUUGGACCCUUGGUCAUUCUUUUCUUGGGUUUGAAUCCAUAAUAUAGGUUUGCACCUAACCCGAAAGGAUAUAUAGUCCAAUGCUCUAUUUGCCCACAAAAUUCGUUAUAACUUUUUUGAAGAGCCAAAAACAAACUGAUUAUUCAAUUUCUUGUAUAAAUAUUUAAGGUUAAGUUUGAAGGUGUUCGCGGUCGUAGUUUUCAAGGUGACAUUGCAAUCGAUGCAAUCAGCUUCACUCCAGGAAAUUGCUCAUUCCAAACACCAACACCAUCAACAUCUCGACCAACAAACCCUCCAACAGCAUCAACAAACCCUCCGACACAAGCAGGUACUGCAGUGGUCUACCACUUUUACCAAUUUUUAGUUAAAUACAACCAAGUGAUUUUGUAUACCAAUAAUCAUCGCAAUCCGAGUUGUGUUCCGCUGCCCUUUGUCCGACUUAUUGCGACGUGUAAUGUUGCUUAUGGCAGGAACUGUUUGGCUCGUUGCCCUUCUGUCUUUUCUAGGUCCAUAUAACGGUUUACUACGAUAUUUAAUACGUCGUGCAUGACAUCACAUGAACGAAUUUCACUCUACCCUUUUCUGUCCGAGGUUCUAUUCCAGCUUAUUACAAUGCGAAAUACAUCUACAGGGUGUAUUAAAGAAGACCUUUAGAAAUUAACUUUAUUGUUAUAAUUCGAAUGCUAUAAGCACUACGCUGAACACAUCCUCGUACCCAGAGUGCCCUGAACACAAAAGUGCGAAACACAAUUGAUUGAAUUUUUACUUACCAGGAGCAAAAUAUAUUGUACUGAACAACAAUACAUUAAUUUCUUAGGCAAUGCGCAUAACUGUUCUUUUACGUUUCCAACGACACUUUGCUGACAUAUAAGAACAUUCACUAUAAUUAUUGGUACAUAGCCCAAUAGGUAUUGUCGCAAGAAUGUUGCGAGUAUUUUGCUUUUAUCUUAAUUCCAACUUCCUACAACGAUUUCCAAUAGAUCUUGAUAAGGAUGUGCAUGUCACAUUAUCCUUUUAUCUUUCCAAGAUCCUUAUAUCAACCUACAGUAAUGUGCUUCAUUGUUUCGAAUUCUUAAAUCUUUCCAAGUUUCCGAUACCGACUUUUUAUGACGUCCAAUAUCUCGACCAGAAUGUGCAUCUUUCCAAGGUCGCUAUACCGACUUGUCACGGCGUCCAAUUUCUCUUGGCAAAUAUUGACAAAAAUAUACCUUACUCAUGUCCUCUUACCUUAGCAAGGUUAUGUAUUAGACGGACUUAUCACGACGUCCAAUAUUUCUUGACAAGAAUGUGGCUUAUUCGUCUUUUGUCUUUCUAACGUGUCUAUAUACACACUUUUGUCUUUCUAACGUGUCUAUAUGACGUAUUACGACGUCAAACGCAUCGUAACGACAGUGUAUGUGCAUUUUUUGCCCUUUUAUCUUUCAAAGGUCUCGCCUUAAUAUUAUGUCCAAUACCUCUAGACAACAAUGUACCAUAUUAACAGCCCAGUUUCUAGGACCCCUUUAAUGAUUUAUUUACGACACUUUUAAGCCAAGCAUUUCUUAUGGAAACUAUUUUCUACUCUCCUAUAGGGAGAUGUAACUUUGAUCAAGGUGACCUGUGUUCCUUCACAAAUGGUGCCAAUGAUGAUUUUGACUGGACAGUUCAUAGUGGAAGUACAUCAAGUCUUAACACAGGACCUUCGCGAGAUGUUUCAGGAAAUGGUAAUCUACCAAUAGUUUCGUAUUAUUUAAAUUACUGAAUUAAAUGUCAUAUUGUAUAAUCUUGAGUGUAUAGGUGGCGAUGAAUAAUAAUCUUGAGGGACUAGCUGUAGGACCAAAUAAUCUAAAAACUUUAACAACAACUU